AUACCGAUAAACCCUUGUGAACUUCACUUCUACGGGAAGUAUCCACUAGUAAAUUCAAACAAAGUUAUAUACUUUUUUAAUUUCAUCUAAAAAUCAACAAAUGGUGGUUGCAGUAAAGGUUUUCAAGAAAACAACACCUAAUGGUAAAGUCACGGUAUAUCUAAGCAAGAGAGAUUUCAUAGAUCAUUUAGAUCAUACCGAUCCCAUCGAUGGAGUCAUUGUCGUCGAAGAUGGAUAUUUGCAAGGCAGGAAGGUUUUUGGACAGGUUCUCACUGUCUACCGUUAUGGUAGAGAGGAGGACGAGGUCAUGGGAGUCAAAUUCAGUAAAGAAAUGAUAAUAGCAAGUGAACAAUUGGUUCCUAUAAAGGAAAAGCAGCCUCUAACUCCUGUACAGGAGAAGCUCGUUGCCAAAUUAGGUGCAAAUGCUUAUCCAUUCACCUUUAACUUUCCUGACAUGUCACCGUGCUCAGUCACACUUCAACCAGGCGAAGAUGAUCAAGGAAAACCUCUCGGGGUCGAAUACUACGUAAAAUGCUACGUGGGCUCUAAUGAAGAUGACAAAGGUCACAAACGUAGCAUCGUUCAGCUAGCUAUCAAAAAAUUACAAUACGCUCCCGCCAUCAAGGGUGCUAGUCGACUUCCAAGCUCAUUAGUAUCGAAAGGGUUCACUUUUUCGAGUGGAAAAAUCAAUUUGGAAGUAACUCUUGACAAAGACAUAUAUUACCACGGAGAGAAAAUUGGAGCCAACCUUAUGAUCAGUAAUAAUUCGAGAAAGCAAGUUAGAAACAUAAAAGUUUACGUCGUACAGCAUUGUGAGGUCACUAUGGUGAAUGCUCAAUUUUCUAAAUACGUUGCAAGUCUGGAAACUCGGGAGGGUUGUCCUAUCACUCCGGGAGCCAGUUUCACUAAAGUGGUUUAUUUAGUACCUCUUGCAUCAAGUAACAAAGAUCGCAGAGGUGUUGCGCUGGAUGGUCGUCUUCGUGACGACGAUGCAAAUUUGGCCAGUUCGACUUUAGUACCGGAUGGAAAGUGUCCUAUCGAUGCGAUCGGUAUCGUCAUUUCCUAUUCGUUGAGAGUAAAAUUGAAUUGUGGUACUUUAGGAGGAGAGUUAGUAACUGAUGUACCAUUUAAACUUCUCCACCCAGCACCUGGUACUAUUGAUAAAGAACGUGCUCAAGGCAUAAAGAGAAUGAAGUCUAUUGAUAAAGGAAGAUAUGAGAAGAGUUUCGCUAACGAUGAUGAUGAUAAUAUUGUUUUUGAAGACUUCGCAAGAUUCAGACUCAGCAGAGAUGAAUUGGAAUGAGAAAAGUUUUGAGAAUAUACAGAAUUUUAUUGUGUAAUAUCGAUACUUCUUCAUAUAUCCUUGAAUAUAUCAAACACCCAAUCAAAUAUUUAAUUUGAAAUUAAGCUGCUGAAGUUGAUAGAAUAUUCUGCUUACGAGAAUGCUGCUGUUGUAGUUGUUAGAAAAUUUAUUUAUGCAUGCAUGGAAAAAUAAAUAUUAUAACCAGA